AUGGUGAAAAGAAAGCUUGGAGCCUUGGAAAAGGUCGAGGCUGACCUGCCUAAUUUGCAGCAUAAGAUACGCAGGGACCCCAAGUCUUAUAUCGAAGAUUUCCGCGCCCAACACUACCAAUAUGAAUCUCAUCGUGAGAUUUUCAUGGCGGCGCCCUCAUCGGCUACGGAUACCGGUGUGAUUUCUCUUCGGGAUCUCAUUGACUUCAUUUCCCAUGUGGCCGACUGUUACCCUGGGAUCUGUAAGGACUUCCCGCAACAGCUCAUUGACAUGCUCAUGCAGCACCACCUAGUGUUAGAGACAGAGUUGCGGGAGAAGCUGGUCGGAAGUUUGGUUCUGUUGAAGAAGAAGGAACUUUUGGAUUCAGCAACGUAUGAAAAUCCCACCCAUUAUCUCCCUACCGUCGAUUCUAAACGUUACCCCAGGUUACUGCACACUCUCUUCCCCAUCCUCGUCUCUACACCUAGCAAGACCCUGCGUGCUCUGCUCUUCCAGAAGAUUCUUUCUGAGCUGCGAACCGCAAAUUCGAAGGCUACCAACCACAAGCUGAACCGAACUAUGCAGACCGUUCUAUUCAACUUGGUCACAUCAGACCGCACAUCGGCAAAGGCCUCCAAGGCCGUUGAGGUCAUGAAGGAGGCAGCCUUGUCUCUUAAUGAGAAGGUCGUCACCGGCGGAGUCCGUUUCUUCCUUGGUGGCGAUAAGGAGCGCGAAGAGUUGGAGGACGAAGAUAGUGAGGAAGAGGUCAGCGUUGGCCAAGUUAAGCACCAACUUACUAUCAACAAAAAGACCAGAAAGAAGGCCCGUGUUGCCGAAAAGGCUAUCAAAGCGGCCAGAAACAAGGAGCGCAAGAAGGGCAAUCCCAAUCCCCUCAACUUCUCCGCGCUUCAUUUACUGCACGACCCCCAGGGUUUCGCGGAUAACAUGUUCUUCAAGCAUCUCCAGAACGGCAAGUCUAAGUUGAAUCUGGAGCAAAAGCUUCAAGUGUUACAGCUGGUCUCCCGCCUGGUCGGCUUGCACAAGUUGCACAUCAUGCCGCUCUACUCUUACUUCCAAAAGUACCUUACGCCCCGUCAGCCUUCAGUGACUUCCUUCCUGGCAUCCCUGGCUCAAGCCUCCCAUGACUUGGUGCCGCCGGAUGUCCUCGAGCCUCUGGUUCAGAAGAUCGCAAAUGAGUUCGUGUCAGAAGCAUCUGCAGGUGAAGUUGCGACGGCUGGUCUGAAUGCCAUCCGUGAAAUUUGUGCCAGACAGCCUUUGGCUAUUGACGAGACUCUAUUGCAGGAUCUUGUCAUGUACAAGAAGAGUAAGGAUAAGGGUGUCAUGAUGGCCUCCAAGGGUCUCCUCAGUCUUUACCGUGAUGUUGGUGCGCAGAUGCUCAAGAAGCGUGACCGUGGCAAGGAGGCCGCAAUGAGUCUACGUGCUGGUGAAAGACAAGAAAGACGCUACGGCCAGCAGGAGGUCGGCGAAAUCGAGGGUCUGGAACUCUUGGCCAAGUGGAAAGACGAGGAGCGCCGCAAGAGAAACAUCGAGAAUGGUCUUCCAUCCGAUGCCGAAGAUGAUGAAGUGGAGAAUGACGAAGCCGACUGGGCAGCCUGGAAUGUUGAAGAUGACGAGGACAGUGAUGUCGAUGGAGAAUGGAUCAAUGUGGAGGACGAUGUUGACAUUGUGCUGAGCGAUUCCGAGGAUGAAGGCAAACCUGCAGCAAAGAAAGCCAAACAGGAAGAAGAGGCCAAGAAGGAGGCUGAAAAAGAAGCGGAGGCUGAGAAAGCCAUUGAUUUCAUGAAACUGGCCACCACCCGCAUCCUCACGCCCGCCGAUCUUGCCAAGCUUACCGAGCUUCGUGCUCAGGCAGCCGCUAAUGCAACUCUUCCGGGUAACAAGGGCCGCGUUGCUGCCCCAUGGACCUCCCGCCAUACCGAUGACCCAUUGACCGCUGGUGAGAUCGAGGGUCUUGCUGCUCUGUCUGCCGCUAGGGCUACUCGUGAGGAACGUAUUGCCCACGCCAAGGAGGGCAAGACAACCGAUCAUAUGAGCAAGGAGGCUCGCCGCAAGGAGCGCAAGGAGGAGGCAGGAAAGAGUAGUACCAACAAGGAAAAGGCUCGCAAGAAGAACUUCCUCAUGACGCUGGGCAAGGCCCGCAGCAAGAACAAGAGAAGUUUGGUGGAGACCCGCGCUGUGCUCCGGGCCCAUGUCGAUCGUGGCAAGAGAGGCGGACGCAGAGGAAACGUUGGCAAUUAA